AUGGGGAGCUCAAAUUGUUGUUCUUUAUCUAGUGACUAAUAAUCUGAAAUUGUGCUUAAAAUUGAAGACACUGAGAAAUCAUCCAUAAAAUCCUCAAAGAAAUCUAUAAAAAAGCAACAAGAAUAAUGUUUGGUCCAAUUUAAGACUCCUUCCCAAAAGGAGAAACUCUCAGUUAAUCCAAAUAAAUGUGAAGAUCCUGCAACUCCUGGGUUUGCAGAUUUAAGGUCUUUAGGAAGUAAACGGUCUGAAUACUCUAACAAAGACAUUUAAUUAGUUGCAGAAAUUGUAAUGAAUCUAGAGGAUUUACCAAAACAGAUAGCAGAUGUACAACAAAGUCCUAUUACAUCAUAACGUUCAUUAAAGAAAAAAAGAAAAGAUGAUUCUCCUCUUUGUGAUUUUUAGCCUAAGAACUCUUUGAGGUCUUUCGAUUCAAAAAAAUUAAAUAAAUUAAAGUCAUUUUCUGAGCAUAGAGUUACUUUUGAAGAAAAAAGUGAAAAUGAUAGUCAUAGAAGUAAUAGUGCUGAUAAUAAAUCUGUAAAAAGCAUAAUGAAAUAAGAAUUAAAAUAUAGUUAAUUUCGAAAAAUGUAAACUUAAGGUGAUGCAGAAUCAAAAAGAAAAGUACAUUUUUAAAUAAAUAAAUGA